GUUAGUUACGUUUUAAAAUUUAUUAUUUUAUUAUUUUCUAUUCCAGAUGGAGAUUGCGUAUCCCUAGCAAUCAGACGUCGGUGUAGGAACGAACUGGGGCCAAAAUCUGCUCACACAGAUUUGGUUCGCCGAUGUGAGAUCAGUUUUAUACCAACCGUUGAGCGAACGGUGUUCCACGAGAGACGUUCCCAUGCCAACAGCAAGGAAGCACAACUGUACUGUUAUACAGACAUUCCAGGGUUUUCUGCUUCCUGUCCACGUUUCCUCCCUGACAAGGAGACGUCCGGGUUAACGUGCGACCCUUUGAAAAUCAAUACAAAGCGAUGUGACCUGACUACAAGUUUGGGUCAAAAACGGCGUCACCUUACUACAUCGCGUUGCCGACCCAUGGAGAUUUGUGACUGGGCGGUACUGCUCUCUGGCGGAUGGAACCGGUUUGCUUUGAAGAUGGAACACAAGACCAACCUCCGAAGUAUCUACAAUAUGUUGCGUCGCAACGGUUUCCAUUCCAGGAAUAUCGAGGUGUUUUAUGCCAAUGGCUCCCCGGAUCUCAUACCCGAGAAGACGGAAAAGGGUCACAUUGUUUAUCCCUCCGUUAUGAAACUUGCGCUGCGGAACUACAUCCGAAACCUGUGUUCAACAGCGAAAUGUGUGGACAGUCUGGUGUUCUACAUGAAUAGUCCAACCAAAGCUGAUGGAACCGCUCUCCUCUGGGAUAUCAACGGAAAUGGAAUGGCCGAAGAAAACGAACGCUACAAACUGGGGGAACUAAAGAAGGAUUUGAAACACUGCUCUGCUGAAUCAGUAUUUCUGAUAGUUGACCAGAGCCAUGCUGGACAUAUAGCCGAUGCUUUCCGAGACUCCGGGGAUCAUCCCAAUGUCCAGGUACUGGCCAGUUCCCAAGCUACCGAAUAUUCGUUCGGAAGAAAUUUCACAGACUUUAUUGCAUCCUAUAAUCAUACUCACACAUGUCUACCACAGGUCCUUGAGGAAAGUAAGAAAGUCAUUAUAGGAUCGACACCGGAAUUCACGGAGGGAAAACAAAGUGAAACUGAAGAACAGAGAAUCCCCAAAAACAUCUUCGGAGCACCUUGUAAUCUGGCAUUACCGUUUCGAUCGUGGGAACUAGAUUCUUACCGUGGAUGCCGAAAUGUUCCGACGUCAGUUUGGUUGAAAAUUCUACGAGAAUCAUCACAAUUCUUAGACAACUGAUUCCACGUUAAUAUAAACAGAUACACACAUACACAUACACACACAUACAUAUAUAUACACACACAUACAUAUAUACACACACACAACUAUGGUGUAGUUCACAGGUGAUCUAAACGACUAGGUACAGUGGGUAAGUGCUCUAGCGGAUUACUAGGGCUCCAAGCUCAUAGUCGAGAUGGGAGUUAUGAAACCAGUGUAGAUUUCCGAUAUAGCGGAUAUGUAUUUGUUAAAGAGUACAACAAACUCUUAGGCAAGAGAAUCAUCUCAAAUCAUAACGUUAUUAUUAUUUAAAAAUUUUAAAGUCUUACAGCUGUUUCUGGUAUUCUCAAAAUAACCAUGGGCUCAUCCGACUCUGCUCAGGUCACGGACCUAGUCGGACUGUACCUCCUUCAAGAGCUCCACACACACUUCUCCAACAUCAAAAGUGGUUCAUAUAGAGAUGAUGCAUUGUUUAUUACAACAGGCCUAACAAAAUCUGCAUUAGAAAAAAACUAGAAAACUCUUAAAUUUUUUGCCAACUUUAACCUAUUUAUGUUUUUUGAAAACUCUUACAAAACAGCAAACUUUCUAGACGUUACCUUGGAUUUAAUCUCUUCACUUUACUUUUCACAUCAUAAACCCAAUCAACACCUUAAGUACAUCAACACAGAAUCUAACCACCAUAAAUGUACAUUCGAGAGAAUAAUCAAAAGCAUAUCCAUCUACUACGACUACUACUACAUCAACAAUUACUGUUACUACCAUUACUACAACUACUACUACUGCUGCUAACACUACUACUAGCACCCCUCAGCACCACCACUUUUACUAUUACUUCCACAACUUUUGUGCCUACUACUACUACUACUAUUACAACCAAUAAUACUACUAUUAGACCUCUUUGUGUGUGUUGGGUGGGUGACAUAUAGGCCCAUAUCACUACCUGUAUAGGUAUAUGAAGUUGUGCAAAGUAUACUGGGCUGUGUAACGGAGUUUUAUCGAUGCACACUCACACACUCAUAAAUCCUCACACACACACAUUCACGCACACACUCACGCCCUAACACACACACACACACCCUCACACAAACUUGUUUACAAACGCACACAGACACACAUGUAUAAAUAUAC